AUGGCCUACGCAGCUCUUCAUGAAGGCGAAGACCCCCACAACUUCGGGGGAGGGGCCCCAGGCUCUUCUUUAUCUUCUUUUUUGUCUAAGGGCCUCAACACUGCUGCAGCUUUAGGGGACUCUGGGGUUUCUACCCGUACCCACAGCCCCCUGGGCUCUUCAGCGGGCCCCAGGGGCUCCCACGAGGGGCCCCACGGGGGCCCCCCGGGGGGCCCCCACGGGGGCCCCCCCGGUGGCCCCCACGGCCCGGGGGGCCCCCUCGAGUCGGGGGCCCCCAGCAGCAGCAAGUCUGUGCCCCAGGAGGCCCAGGGGGAAACUUCAGUGAGGACUGUCCGCAGCGACAGCCAAGAGGGUACGGAUUUGGGGCCCCCAGGGGCCCCCGGGGGCCCCGGGGGCCCCGGGGCCCCCGGGGGCCCCUACAAACCCAAAAAGCUCUUUUCCUUUGAAGAUGCAGCGCAGCAGCGCAGCGGGGCCCCACACUCUGCCCCUGAAAGGGCCCUAAGGCUGGUAACUGCUUUGACGGCGGAAGGCUGGGAGUUGGCAGCAGAAAAGGGCCAGGGCAUUUCUUUGAAAGCUCUCUUUUGCUGCCACUCCGCUGCUGCUGCUGCUGCUGCUGCUGUUGCAGCUGCUGCUGCUGGAGUGCCCUUUGCCUGCCGCGACAGCUGGCGGCGCAGCCAGUUGGCUCUGGUGCGGCUGACAGCAGCAGCAAAAGAAACUGUGGGGCUCAGCAACCUCGUCCUCGGCAUGCAUGUCUUCGUCGCUGCUGCUGCUCUUUUCUUUCUUUCUGCUUCCUCGCUGCUGCUGGGGGUGGCCCCCCGCCUCCCUGCGCUCAGCCGCCUUCUUUGGGGGCCCCUCUUGGGGGCCCCCCUGGGCCUCUGUACCCACGCGAUAGCAAAGCUGCAUGCAAAAGCAGCAAAGCAGCUGCUGUUCUCGCUGCUGCUGGAAGCAGAGCGCAGCGGGGCCCUUGGGGGCCCCCUGGAGGCCCCCCUGAGGCCCACCUGGGUGGCUCUGGGGGGACAGCAGCAGCAGCAGCAGCAGCAACAGCAGCACAGUCUGUGGCAGAAGGCGCUGCGCCUUUUUGGCCACGUGGACCCGUCAGCGUUGCUGCGUAAGGCCGUCAGCAGCAGCAGCAGCAGAAGCAAUGCGGAAGCAGCAGCAAACCAGAACCAGCAGCAGCUGCUGCAGCGGCUCACCUGCGAAGACGUCGAAGCAGCUCUUCCGCGGGACAUGCAAGAGCAGCAGCAGCUGCAGCAGCUGCAGCAGCUGCAGCAGCUGCAGCAGCUGGAGAGAAGCCCCGCGAGCCCAGCAGAGCCUGCGCUUUCUUCCAGCUGCAGCAGCAGCAGCAGCAGCAGCAGACACUUCAACGGGGCAGAUGGCCGCAGGGGGGCCCCCAGUGACAGCGAAGACCUCGAUGAGGGGCAGGAGGCCCUCUGA